GCCGAGGGCGUGGCCAGGCCGGCCGUCCCGGGACUGUGCCCGGUCCUCGUCCCGAUCCCGCUCCCGUUCCCAGUCCCGCACCGCAGCGGUCCGGGAUGGCGGCGCGGGCGGGCGGCGCCGCGGGCGAGCGGCGGAUCCUGUGCGUGGGGCUGGUGUGCCUGGACAUCAUCAGCGUGGUGGAGACUUUCCCGGCCGAGGACUCCGACACCAGGUGCGUGUCACAGCGGUGGCAGCGGGGCGGGAACGCCUCCAACUCCUGCACGGUGCUGGCGCUGCUGGGAGCCCCCUGCGCCUUCAUGGGCUCGCUGGCCCCCGGCCCCGCCGCCGACUUCAUCGCGGCGGAUUUCCAGCGCCGGGGGGUGGACACGGCGCACGUUGCCUGGCAGACCCGCGGGGACGUGCCCUGCGCCUGCUGCAUCGUCAACGCCUCCAGCGGCUCCCGCACCAUCGUCCUGCACGACACGAACCUGCCCGAUGUGACGGCCCGCGACUUCGAGCGGGUCGACCUCUCCCAGUACAAGUGGAUCCACUUUGAGGCCCGGAACGCGGCGGAGCAGGAGGCGAUGCUGGAGCGGGUGGAGCGGCACAACCUGGCGGCGGCACCGGGACAGCGGGUCCGGAUCUCGGUGGAAGUGGAGAAGCCCCGGGAGGAGCUGCUGCCGCUGAUGGGGCGGGGCCAAGUGGUGUUCAUCAGCAAGGACCUGGCCCAGCACUUCGGGUACCGCUCGGCCCCUGAGGCGCUGCGGGGGUUGCGGGGGCGCAUCCAGUCAGGGGCCACACUGAUCUGCGCCUGGGCCGAGGAGGGGGCCGACGCCGUGGGGCCCGAUGGGAAGCUCGUGCACUCGGACGCCUUCCCCCCAGAGACCCUCGUGGACACGCUGGGGGCCGGGGACACCUUCAACGCCGCUGUCAUCUUCGCGCUCGCAGAAGGGAGGACCCUGCAGGAUGCCCUCACCUUCGGCUGCCGGAUCGCAGGCAGGAAAUGCGGGAUCCAGGGCUUCGAUGGCAUCAUCUGAGCCUGUGCCUGGAGACCCCCUCACCACCCAGGAGCACCACGUAUCCACUGCACGCAGCACCUCCCCCAAUAAAGCUCCACGUGCCCCACAACAGCUAUGCCCCCCCUGCCCUGCCCAGGGUCUCACUGCCCCAGGGGUGCACUGACCAUGGCCAAGGCCACCAGCA